ACUGAAUUAUUGGAUGGAAAAACCAAGCUAAUAUUGUCUCCAUAUGAAUGUAAAUCAAAAAUUUCUGUGAAGUGAGAUGGGAAGCCACUGGAAGCUUUUGAAGAAAGUGACAUGAUCUGAUUUAACAUAUUAAGGCUAUUAUAAAGAACACAUUUUUUGGUGUCUUAACAGAUGGGAAAUAAGACCAAGAUUGGAAAAUGUACUUUAAGAACAAAACAAACUGGAUACAUUCUAAAAUCAACACAAAAUACUUGCAUCAGGAGUGAAAAACUUUUGCAAAAGAAGAGAAUUGGUUCAGAAACUUCACUGGCAAAAGGUGAAAAAAAUAGUAUGGCUAAGGAUUUAUGCAAGCAGUAUGCUGAUAAAGACUGUCUUCAUAUCCAGAAAGAGAUUUCACCUGCAACCCCUAAUAUACAGAAGACUAGAAAUACCAUAAAUACAUCUGUAGUAGCAAAACAGAAGCCUUGCAAAAAACACAUCACAGGUGAAAAUAUGAAGAGUAGUUUGGUGUGUCUAACACAAGACCAACUACAACAGAUUUUGAUGACUGUAAACCAAGGAAAUAGAUCUGUUUUUCUGACUGAGAAUGGAAAUGAAAAAGAAAAAAGUCAGUACAGUCUAAAUUUAAACAGUAUUCCUAAUCAACCAAAGGACGAGAACAUUAUGGGACUACAAAAAACUGAGGCUGUUUCAUAUAUCCAGGAUGAAAAUAAAUCUGUUUUAAAUAAAAAUCAGGAGACAUCUGAGCAGAAAAUUGCCAUAGAGAAUAUAUGGAGACCAGCUGACAUGUUCAGUACUUUGGGGGAAAGAGAACGGGAUAGAAGUUUGUUGGAAGCAAAAAAAGCACAGUGGAGGAAAGAGCUUGAUGAACAGGUUGCUUUAAAGAAGAAAGAAAAAGAAGCUCCUGAAAAAUGGAAUAAUCCUUGGAAAAAAUCUGAAAGUGAUAAAAUAGUAUGGGAAAAACUUCAAAUUCUUGACCAGUGUAAGACUUCUGCUAGUGUUUCCAGCAUUCUGUCACAGUCUCCCAGUCAGGUAACAGUGGUCCAGGCUGAUGGUCACUCACUGUCUAGAGCUAGUCAGAUUUUAGAGGAAGCAGUACUGCCUGAGGACUUUUUCAGUGCUGUGAAACUAGAACAGCAUGGAAAAUGGACUGAAGAAUUGAACAAACAAGUAGAAGAUGAUGGGCAAAGAAAAGUAGAAGAAAAACUGGUAUCUUCAAAGGGUGAAGAACAUGAUAGAUGGGCAGUGCAUUUUGAUUCAUUAAAGAGCUAUCCUGGUUCUCAGUCUCGAUUGUCCUCUCAGUCAACAUACAAACAACCAGAGUACUUCUCUGUCUCUCCGGACACUCAGGAUUUGGCUGAUAUCAGCAGUGUUUAUACACCUACAACUGGAAGCCAGAUUGAAACUUUAGAAGAGGAGCAUAUAGCAAAACCUGUUAGUGGUGUGGCAAUGCCAAAUGGUCAAAAAACAAACUUUCUUCGUUCUAUGACUGCUCUCUUAGACCCUGCUCAGAUUGAGGAACGAGACAGGCGGCGACAAAAGCAGUUGGAACAUCAGAAAGCCAUCACUGCUCAGGUAGAAGAGAAGCGCAGGAAUAAACAGUUGCAAGAAGAGCAAAGAAAGAAGGAAGAACAAGAAGAGGAGCUUCGCUUAGCGCGGGAACGAGAAGAGAUGCAGAAACAGUAUGAAGAAGACAUACUUAAGCAAAAACAAAAGGAAGAAAUUAUAACUAUCAAGACAAAUGAACUGUUCCAGACGAUGCAGAGAGCACAGGAACUGGCACAGAGACUAAAACAAGAACAGAGAAUCCGAGAAUUGGCUCAAAAGAGUCAUGACACUUCUAGAUUGAUUAAAAAUCUUGGUGAUAGUUUAUUUCUCUUGCCAGUUGAUACAGUACAAGUGGAAUUUAAUGAAUCUACUAACAACAUUUCAAAUUCAAGGUGUGACUUGGAUGAAGUCACUGGUAAAAUGAACACCUAUAUCAAUUCUGCAAACUCUCCUAAAAAGGAUACUGGUGUGCAAACAGAUGACUUUAAUACUGCAGUAUUCACCAGUACAGAAUCACACUGUGGAUCAGUAAUAGAGAAGGAAAUUAUAAUUUGUUCAUCUCCCGAGAUUCCUGCAGAAUUUAUUGAACAGUUUAACACUGAGAAAAACCAACAAGAACUAAGAAGUCAGGAUAAAAGAGCCAACUUAGAAAAAGAAAACAGUUGGUAUAAUGACCAGUGUAACCAGUUCACAAGAACAGAGAAACAAAUAAAAUAUAAGAAAUGUUCUAAAAGGCCUGAAUGGAACAUAAAUAAGCCAUGUAAAGGGUAUAUUCCAGCAUCAGAAAAGUACCCCAAACAGCUUCAAAAGCAGAGAGAAGAAAAAAAAGUAAGAAGGCAAAUGGAACUGCUUCAUUUGGUAGAAAGAAAUAAUCCUGGAAACCUCUCUCAGAAAAGAAGCACUUCACCAAUUCUUCAUUCAUCUCAUCAAGAGACUGAACCCAAGUUCAGGUGGCAUCUAGUCAAAAAGGAAGAAGAACCUCUGAAAAUUAAUUAUUUCAGCAAAGAAAGGUCUCAAUCACCACCAACUCCUAUGGUGAAAAACGGAACGCAACAAACUCAGACACUAAAAAAGAGUAAUUAUGAAAAAGAGAAUCUGAUCUCAGGAGGUAAUCAAACAGAAUUAUCACCCAGGAUUUCUGAACCAUCUCAUUAUGUUCCCUAUGUGCGAACCAAUGAGAUCUAUUACCUUGAUCCAGAUGCACCAUUGUCUAGGCCUCUAACCCAGAAUCCUCAGUACCAAAAUCCACACAAUUGUGACCAAGAACGACAGCUAUUUGACUCUGACUAUAUUAGGGACCCACUCCUUAAUCCUAACUUGGUGAAAAACAGGGAUCGACAGCAAGCAAUCCUAAAGGGAUUAUCAGAACUGAGACAGGGCCUUCUCCAGAAGCAAAGGGAGUUGGAAACUAAUCUCAUGCCUUUAGCUGCCAAUCAAGAAGAGAAUUUUAGUUCUUCAUUUUAAAUGUACAAAAUCAUUUGUCUUCCAAAUUAUAAAAUGUCCUUGUUGCUUAAC